AGGGACUUCGCUCGUGGAAUGCGUGCGGCGACUGAUUUAUUGCUGGCGUGCAAGGAUGAAAUCGUUUCGUUGAACCUCAGUCCACUAGUCCUCAGGGAACAUCGGCGGAUUUGUGUCAUGCUCCGGAUGUGCUACGCUUUCACCACCUACAGCGGCGGUGCUGGAACCGAAUUUCAAAGGGCCUUCUUGUUUUGUUUGGAGAGAUUGUUGCACACUGCGCAGAUCAUCAAUCCGGUACUGAUGGAAGAAAUACGGCUGAAUGUGACCAACCUGCUACAUUCUGCGAAUACCUGCGCUUUGAAGCACAUACCGCGUGAAGAAAAAUACGCUCUGGCAAUUUUGGCAUAUUUUGCAGAUUUCGUUUCUGGAUAAAAUGAGAGGCCCGUUGCAAAUAAACAAAUAAUGCCUCCUUUCCUCAUUUAUAUCGCGAAAC